AAAGUCGGUUGAGUUUUCUAAUUGCUCGCGAAUUGAGGGAUAAGAAGUUGAAUCGUCCUUUCUACUACAGCCCCGAUGAGCCUCAGACCUAUAAGAAUCUUCUGAUGAAGCGACGAAAAGCCAUUUAUAGGAAGUAUGAGAAAUUCAUGAGGAAUCCAGAAGAGAUGUCGGAGAAAUUUCUACUGAAAAUUAAACAAGAGAGUGAGAUGCCUGAUCUCUACUCCGCAACUCAGAUGAUAAGGAAUCAGGAUGAUGAUAAUGCGGCUAUUGAGAAAUCAUCUCUUCCCGUACCAUUAAACACUCCUAAGAAACUUCCUGAAAGAGAAUCAUUCUCGAGACCUCCAUCAGCUGCCCCCAAAAUUGAAUAUCGCAAAGAAGGAUUGUUGAAAAAUCAUUCAACAUCUGGGUCAGGAACAAAAUUUGGCGAAAAGAAGGGAAAUUACGAAGAAAUCUCUCCCCUUCAGUUGUUCAAUAGAAAAUUGGUGAGGGAAGGUGAUCUACUGAGGCAGAGAAUGCCAGAAAUUGCCCGGAAAAUCCCAGAUAAUUUGCCAAGAGAAGAUUUCCUCCUCAGAAUUAUUAAAAUCAACAGUGAUAAUCGUUGCAAAGUUUCUCAAGUUGAUGCAAAAUAUUUUGAUACAUUCGAUUGUCUCAAGAAGGCAGAAAUCUUGAAUGGGGAUGAUAUAUUUACUCUCAAAUCCCAAGAAACUGGCCAGAAGAUUCAAAUAAUUACGUGCAUGGGAAAGACAAGUGUGUGAAGAAUUUGGCGGGAAAAUUAUAAAUCCUCAAGAAAUCAAUUAAAACAAUUUCGCGGCCGUAAAAUAUUAAAAUUAAAAAAAAAAAAAUUAAAACAAUUUUUUGAAUAGAAUCUUUUAUAUAAUAAUGAAAUAGAGAUAAAAUUGUAAUUAUUCUGAUUAUUAGAAUAUUUAUUUUACUUUAAAAUAAGUUUAAAAACUCGAUUUUUAGAGAAAAAAAAAGUUAACCUCAAUCAAAUUCAUUUCCAUGGAUUUGGUAUGGAAAAUUCCACUGGAGGAGUGGAAUUGUGGAAAGGAAUUUUUUACUGGGGUUGGAACUUUGACGUUUCUGUGUUUUGCGAUUUUAUGUUGUGUGGAAAAUGUUGUAGUAUUUUUAGAGAAAAUCCCACAGAAAAGCCAUGGAUUUGCUUUACUACCUGGAAUUAUGUGCAAAUCCUAUUCGUUUCGAUCCUGUGAGUCACCUCACCAAUGUUUUCUUCGAUGAUUCCAAUAAACAGGUCUUUGCGGUGAGAUCUGGUGGAGCUACGGGGAUUGUGGUCAAAGGACCUUCGGACACAAUUCAUACAUUCUGCAUGGACGAUCAGGGACCCAUAAGGUCGAUAAAGUUCUCUCCGGACAUGAAAAUCCUGGCCAUUCAGCGGACGGACGUUUGCGUGGAGUUUAUUAACUUUGCCAAUGGGCAGCCCAUCCCUAAUGAGAUGCUGCAGUUCCGCGGCAAGAAUGCCCAAAUCUUUGGUUUUGUGUGGAUUGCAAAUCGGGAGGUGGCGAUGAUCUCCAAUGGAGGGAUUGAGCUGUGUCAGGUGCAUUUCGAUCGGAGGCAACUGAAGUCCGUCAAAAGUAUGAACACGACAGUUAAUUGGUUUGCUUGGUGCCCCCAUGGGAACUUUGCCUUGCUUGCUUCAAGCAGUGGAGCUAUCCUCAUGCCUGUGCUCAUCAAGCAGGGAACAAUCACGAAACUUCCAAGGCUAGAGAUGAGCAACGAGAGGAGUGUUCCUGAGAGAGAUUGUACAUUAGCAAUGAUCUACGGCACCCCGUCGAUCCUCAUUCUUCAACCAACACAGAGUCGCCUCGUUGAGGUGGUUAUUUACAUGCUAAAUGGUCCCGGAUUGGCACCCCGGAAGUGUCAUGUCCUUCGCCUCGGGCACACUGGGAGAUUUGCCAUAAAUAUCAUUGAUGAUCUUGUGAUUGUGCAUCACCAGGCAACAGCCACAUCGCUCCUCUUUGACGUGGCACAGACAGGGGAGACUGAUCCAAUCAGCAAAGUUAUCUACCACCAUCCAAUCAUCCCCGGAAAACCAUUGAGGCCUUUCUCACUGAAACUUCCCAGCAUUUCUCUCGACGGGCAGACCGUUAACUGUACGCUCUACUCCCCGGACUGGGUACUCUUCCAGCCAAAUAUAGUCAUUGACGCCAAAUUGGGGUGCUUCUGGUAUGUGGAGCUGAAACUGAAGCCUCUUUGUACGCUUGUUACGGAUCGUGUGCGCCUGGUGGAGUUCCUGCUGCAACGAACUCAGGGGAAAACGCAUCUCUUGGCUGUUCUGCGGGAGCUCGUGGGAGAAAACUAUCGUGGAACCCUUCUUCCCAUCAUUGAGAGUGUCUUCAAUAAAAUUAACACUGUGUACAAAAGUUGGAUUACGAAGGAGCUGCAAAAUCAGACGGCAACACCCUCAACGGCGAAACCUCUGCCAAAAUCCACAGCAGCGCCUCGAGUACUCAUUGAUCAGGCUGACAUGCAUUCCCAGGUAUUUUCUGCAAUUGCCGAGACGGAACAAAUUGGAAAAGUUCUCAUGCUGUACCUGCAAUCACUGACUGUUCACGGGAUUGCAGCACAGCACGAUCUCAGCAAGAUGAUUGUGUGUGAGCUCAUCAAUGGGAACCUCAUUCCGGCACUGCAGCAUGUUGUGGAGCAUUCCCUGAUAAGUGAAUCAAAAGCUCUAGCCUGCUUCCUGCUGUCACUGUCAAAGAUUCAUCCAACAAUUGGGCAAAUUGCCCUGGAUAUGCUGGCAAAGUUGAAUGCCAAUGAAAUCAUUACGGAGGUUCUCCUUGGGCAGGGAAAAGUCAUUGAUGCCCUACGCUUGGCCAAAACACUCCCAGACGCUGAUCUACUCCCAGCCAGGAAGUAUCUGGAAGCAGCAAUGAAGACGGAAGAUCAUGUUGUUUUUCAUUCGGUUUACAUGCACUUUGUCCAAAGAAAUAUUCGUCUAAGGGGAGCACCAGACUUUGCCAGAGGUGAGCUCUGUGGGGAGUAUGUUCAGCACUAUUUGAGGCUGUUCUGUAGCAGAUCAUCAUCCACUUAGUGGAGGCCUUUCCGGGGGGAUUGUCGUGACAAUAUUGUGAUAUUCAGUAUCAGUUGAAUAAAUUAUAUAUAUUUUCCCGAA